AUGGCUGCCCAGAUCCAAACUGCCCCUUUCUCAUCCGCUUUACAAGAGGCCUAUUUCGUAGCUGUAACGACUCCCAGCUCGGAAGUGCAUGAGCCUACCGAAGGCCCCCCAGCAGGUCUGGGGGGCAGGUACACCCCAGCCGCCAGAGCACACCCAGGCGAAUUAAUGGUCAAACGGCGAAGUGGGGCUCUUGUGGAAAAGCACAGAGUGCAAUGGUGA